GCAACGAACAGCCGAGCUAGGCCGCGGGCACGGCAGGCUACAGUGACAACAACAAAAAACAUAGCCGGCCAAACAAACUAAAUAAAAAAGAAACUAAUUUAACGAAUAAACCCCCAUUAAUAAUUUGUUUAAUUCAUUUGAAAAAAGCAACUACAGCGGAGGAUUAAAUAAAACUAAAAAUUUCGUUGACCGGGCGGCGGGGGGGGAGGAAGGCUUUUACCGACUCUCGCCUAGUCGCCUCUGCGGGCCUGAGGCGCCCCUUCCCCCGCCGGGCGAAUCUAUCCGAGCGGGGGGGCGGGUGUUUUAACAUAGGCCUAGAUUUUUUUGUUAAAAUAUUAAAUUUACCACUCUGUACCUAAUAAACACGCGCAUUACAUACAUAACAUGUACUCUGUGAGCGUAUAAACGUUUAGAGAGGUUUAUUUCGGGAAAAUGCGGGCGUUUUUGCCGGCCAGUGUUCCGGCGGUAACCACGAUUUGGAUAAUCGCCGCUCUCUUUGUCGUCAUCUUGACACUUUGUGGCUACGUGGACGAGACGGCGCUGGCGCUAGACCCGUCCAGAAUGGGCCUCAAUCUGCAAGUGAGUAAGGGCGUGUGGAAUGUACCAUCCACUGCGAGGGGGAAGAGUUGGUCUUCCAGAAUGCGGCUCAAUCUGCAACUCUACAGGCUGGUGACCCACCCCAUGUGCCCCUGGGGGUUGGCGGGCCUCGUGGGGAUGGGCGCCUGGGGGUGGCUCCCCUCCCCGCUGCUCGUGGGGCUGCUGGGAGUGCCUCUGGAGAGGCUCCUGGGCUCCGCACGCUUCGGCCUCCUGGCGCUACUCACCUCCCUCCUCGGAGGGCUCCUGGGCCUGGUCCUCUGGACGCUGCUGGGCCCUCCGCCAAUGGGAAUCCAAUGGGCCCCAGCGUGGGGCCCUAUUCCCGGACUCGUGGGGGCCCUCGCCUGGGCCACGUGGCCCCGGGCAGGGAACCGUCGCUAUGGCGGUGGCGGCGGUGACCCCCCGGGACUCAUGAAGCUCCUGGGGACGGUCCCCGCUUGGGUCCUGCCCUGGGGGGCCCUGGGGCUCUCGGAGCUGUUCGUCCCGGGGGCCCCCACCCUCACGGGGGGCCUGGCGGCCCUCGUGGGCAUCGCCCUUCACUGUGGAAUCUGCGAGCGCCUCUUCCCGUCCCCGGCGUCCCUCGCCUCCCUCGAGCGCUGGGUGGUGGUGCGCUGGGUGGUGCCUCGCUGGGUACGUGUCGUGCCCAGCCACUGCGGUCACUCGUCGCUGCCCACUCACCGCUACAAUCCUCCGGCGGGCUCCUACCCCACCCAGCCUCCGCCCAUGUCCACCACCACCGCCGGCCCUCCUUCCCACCACCACCACAACGUCCCCACGACGUCGCAUGGACGACCACCACCACCACCACCUCCUCCUGUCCACUACUGGGGCGUUGGCAGCUCCGCCAUCACCACCGGCCCUCCUCCUCCCCACCACCAGCACCACCACCACCUCGCCAACGUCCCCACGACGUCACACGGACGACCUCCUCCUGUCAGCUACUGGGGCGACGGAGCGGCCGGUCGUCACGGCGACGAGGAGGAGCACGGGGAGGAGGAACGGCGACUCGACGAGGUGAUGCUGAGGGCGGCCAUCGCCGCCUCCCUGGCCGAGGGAGGAGGUGGAGGUGGUGGAGGUGAAGGAGUCGCAGAAAUCCCACAAAACUCCGUGUCGGCGUUCAGGCUGUCCCAGCUGGAGGCGAUGGGCUUCCCGCGGGCCCCCUCGGUGGUGGCGCUGGCCGCCUCACGUGGGGGCCGCGUGGAGGGGGCCGUGGGGCUGCUGGCCGAGGGGGGGGUCGGGGUGGAGGCGCGCGUCACAGCGGGACACCACAACCACCACCACCACAACCACCACCACCACAACCAGGAGGAGUGUAGCAGCCACCAGCAGCACCACCAUCACGUGCACUGUCAGCAUCAGCACUAGACGUGGAUACUGAAACCAUCAUCAGCAUCAGCAGCAGCAUCAGCAUCACCACAGGUUCUGUGUGGGGUUGAGGGGUUCUGCAUCGGAUGGAACAUUGGCAGGGAUCAGGGCUCCGUCUGGGACGCGAGGCCUCUGUCUGUCGAGCGUUUUUUAGACUCUGACGGCAGUAAACGGGGUUACGCAUCACUGCUGUGGCUA